AUGCUGGAGUUCUCAAUUGAGAUCAUUGAAAGGCUUAAGAUGUUUAGUGCAUCGUGUACGGUAUUGCUCAAGAUUAUGGAUGAUGGGCUUCCUUCUCAACGAGUAGAUGCAACAACCGUUUAUGGUGAAAUGACUUCCUUUGAUUUUGUAUUCAUCUUGCAUCUUAUGAAAGAGAUUAUGGGGAUCACAGAUAUUCUUUGUCAGACUUUACAAAGUAAGUCUCAGGAUAUUAUAAAUGCAAUGAAGCUUGUAUUAUCUAUUAAGAAUUUACUUCAACAGAUGAGGGAUAACAAGUGGGAUGAUUUGCUUGUAAAAGUGAAAUCCUUUUGUGAACUUCGAAAUAUUGGCAUUCCUGAUUUCAAUGCUCCAUAUAUUAAUAAACGAGGUCGAGGACGUGCUCAUCAAGACAAUUUCACCAUUGAACAUCAUUAUCGAAUAGACCUCUUUUAUGCUUCGAUAGAUUCACAGUUGCAAGAAAUUAAUGGUCGCUUUAGUGAUGAUACUAUGGAAUUGCUCACUCUUAGUAAUGCCCUAAAUCCUCAAAAUGCAGCGGAGUCUUUCAGAGUUGUGGAUAUAUGUAAAUUAGUUGAAAAGUUUUAUGCUCAGGAUUUUACCAGAGAUGAAAAAGAACAAUUGGAGAUGCAAUUGAAGCAUUACGAGUAUAACAGUGAUCGUACUUGUGCUUACUCUUCCGGUUUCUACGGCUACUUCAGAAUGAUCAUUUUCUACGAUGAAUAUUGUGAAAACAAGGCUUCGAAGCAAAAUGAAAGAUGCUUUUCUCUCAGAUGCGUUAAUGGUAUAUAUUGA